AUGAUGCAGGUGGCUGUGCCGCCGCGCCAGCCGUUUCAGCCGAGCAACUUCGGAGGACGCCGCACCGCCGCGCAGCCCUCUCAGCAACAGCCCCGCCGAUCCGCGCAGCCGCUUCAUAGCUUCGACCUCGGAAGUGCUUGUAGGAGGACUGGCCUGCAAGAAAUCCCGCCUAUAAGGUGGCCUCGGUGUGCUUCCUGCAGGCAACGGCCCACAACGACUAGAAUUACAAGUUCUACAGCUGAUGAAUUCAUAGAGAACAUGUCAGGUUUUGCUGACUGCUCAGAAGAUGAUUUAAUCAAUAUUACUUUUGAAGUUUGCAACACCAAAGGAACAGGAAUAGUACCUACACCUGCUUUUAUAAAGUAUGUGGAAGAUGUUACAGGAUAUAAUCAUGAGAACAGUAAACUGCUGUUGCUCUAUAACAUGCUGGACCCUGAAAGGCAAAAUGUUCUCAUUGAUAAACAAACAUUCCUUGCAACUAUGAAAAAAUGGAUUACCAUCUGUUAUCAAGACUGCAUUCCAGAAACUGAAAUGGAUGAGUGCCAGGCUACUACCAAUGGCAAUUUACAGCAUAAUCAAUUAGAAGAGGAAAGACUUAGUAAACAGUUUGAUAAAAAUCAGCCCAAUGAACAUGCCCUGAAAGUGCUCCAUUUGCCCGGCGAUGUCGGGGAUGAGGAGCUCCUCGUCCCCAACAUCACCGGGCGAACGGAGGUGGGGAUUGCAGGCUUAAGCCUGCAAACCCCCUCUCUCCGGGCGCUCCGUUUGCCCGGCGAUGUCGGGGAUGAGGAGCUCCUCGUCCCCAACAUCGCUGGGCGAACUGAGUCUGCAGAACAGAUCGAUUUUGAUUACUUCAACCAAUGCAAUGGAAGUAUAACUCUUGCUUACAUGGAAAAUAAGUUACCUGAUUGUUUUUCAGUAGCUCAGCAAUGUUUGGUUCAUCAAACCAACGAAAAAAUGGAUGAUGAAAAGUAUUCCAUACAGGAAGAAAUCGCCUUGGAUAUGAGAAACAGAGAGCCCGGCAAGGGUCUGGGAAGAGAACAACCAUUAGAUGAUAGAAAGAACAGCUAUACUGCUUUACUAUUAAUAAACAGCUUUUCUUCAGCUAAGAUCCAAAACGGAACCAUUUUUUCUCCUUUAAAGGAGGCUGCUGCUUGCUGUGAAUCAACAUCUGUGUUGCCAGUUUAUUUUUCCUUCUUGACUUCCAGUGCUAUACACUACUUGGACUAUAACAACUCCAGACUUGAGACAUCAUUCAUAGAAGCACUGAACUUAGAACAUAUUUCAACUCGACAAAGAUGUUGGACAUUUCCUAAUCUGCUCUUUGUGGGCCAAAGACCAAUAUCCAGAGAGAAUCUCUUAAACAAGAAAAAGCAUGUCUAUAAAACAGAAAAUGGGAGAAACAACAAAAGCCGAACACUUGAGGUCAACAGUCAAGUUAGUACCGAAGAUGGAGUAAAGCACCUUCAUUCUGCACCCUUGCCAAAUUAUUCAGCUGUGACUCAGAGGACUUGGGAUCUCCAAGCCCCUCAGAUUUUUUCUUCAGAGGUUAAUUUGAAACACAUAUUUCCAUCAGUGCAUGGUCUCUUUAGUCCACAUUACAAUCCAAUGUGGCCUUCAGUUCCCAUCAUGCCGACUGUUCCUGAAGAUAUGAGCCAGUCAACUGAGACUCAUCAUCACUCCAUUUUGCCAUCUACAGAUAAAGUAAGUAAUCUUAUAAAAUCUCCCUCUGUUGAAGUAGCAAUAUGCAACACACCUUCUAUAGUUUUUCCAGAAAAUACAGUCAUACAAGAUACAGAAAGAGAGAGAAACCUAUCCCUCAGACCUAUUAGUCCUUAUCUGCGGCAUUCUAACAGACAUACUAGAGCAUUGGAUACCUCAUUGACUUCUGUUGACAACACAGGUCAUGUGAUUGACUUGGUGAAUGACCAACUGCCAGAUGUUAAAAUCUCUGAUGAAGAUAAAAAGAAGAAUCUUGAGUUGUUAGAAGAAGCAAAGCGAGUGAGUGAGCGGUUCCUCACACGCAGAGGAAGGAAAUCCAGAAGCAGCCUUUCAGAAUCUCCCACAGGUAUGUCCCCAACGCUGAGUCCCAGUGUUUCACCUGCACCAUCUCGGAGCAACUCCUUCACUCUUGCAAGUCCAACAGGUUCUGAUACAUGUGCAUUCACUGUGGGUUCAGUGUCUCCACUGCAGAAUGCUACGAAAGGACUAAAUGAUCGAAAACAGAAUGAUCAAAGAAAACUUUCUCAGGGAAGAUUGCUUCCUCACCUAACUAGCUUUGAAAACCCAAAAGAGAAACUUUCUGAACAAAAAGAGAACUUUGAUCCACAUAAACUUAUGGAUAAUCUGUCCACAUCUUGCACUUUCGUUGGUGAUGUUGGCAAAGUGUCUCUUAAUAGCAGCACAAAUACUUGUGAACAUGAACUUGGAAAACCAUUCCUUAAAAUUACAAAAGAAAAAGACUUUCCUUUUCAAGGCAAGUUACAAGGACCAGGGAUGGCUACAGUAGAUCCAAAGCUAAACGUUAUAGUACCACUACUGAAGGAUUCAAAAGUUACUUGUAAAACAGAACUUAAUACAUCUGUUACACGCCCUCCUCUACUACGAGCAAUAUCAUGGGAUCAUGUAGAACCUGGUAAUAUGGAAAAGGCACCUUUUAAACAACCAUCUGGUUAUGAUAAAAACAUUGCCAUUAUGAAUAAGUCCAGUAGCUCAUUGACUAAACCAUCAGCGUUUAAAGACCUCCAAAUACAAGUGCAACCUGUUCGGAUGCAGAAAUUAACAAAACUUAGAGAGGAGCACAUAUUGAUGCGGAAUCAAAAUUUAGUAGGACUUAAACUCCCUGACCUCAGUGAAGCUGCUGAACAGGAAAGAGGAUCUUCAUCAUCCUUAUUGGAGGAGGAAGAGGAGGAGGAGGAGGAAACUACAGAGAAUAGCUGUGAUGUCAUGCCCAACAUUCCUGAUGCACUCUUACGAAAACUCCGUGUGCAUACAUCUGUUCCAGGAAGCUCACCGCCACUCACGGAGAAAGAGGUUGAGAAUGUAUUUAUACAGCUUUCAUUGGCUUUCCGAAAUGAUAGUUAUACUUUGGAAUCAAGAAUUAACCAGGCCGAGAGGGAGAGAAAUCUUGCAGAGGAGAACACAGAGAAGGAAUUGGACACUUUUAAAGCAGCUAUUACGUCUUCAGCUUCCUUAUGGCAUCAUUCUGAACACAGAGAAAUGUAUCAGAAAUUGCUGGAGGAUAUCACUGUGCUGCAUCGUUUGGCCUCUAGAUUAUCUAGUCGGGCUGAAAUGGUUGGAGCUGUUCGCCAGGAGAAGCGCAUGUCAAAGGCCACUGAAGUUAUGAUGCAGUAUGUGGAGAAUUUGAAGAGAACAUAUGAAAAGGAUCAUGCUGAGCUUAUGGAGUUUAAGAAACUUGCCAAUCAGAAUUCUAACAGAAGCUACGGUUCUCCUGAAGAUGGUCUUCCACGUACAUCUAGAUCCAUGUCUCUUACUGUUGGAAAGGCACCUCGAAGGAGAGUCAGUGUUGCUGUUGUUUCAAAAUUUGAGAUCCCAGGCCAGUCACCUAACAUGUCACCCAUUCCUUUGAUGCCACCCCUGACUGAGUCAACAAAUGGAAGAAACAAUCUUACAACACCCCCUAUCUUACCUGCACUUAUAGAGAAUGGAAAAUCAAAUGGAGACCCUGAUUGUGAACCAGCACCAGCACCAGCACCAGCACAGAGGGGACUGGAAGAGAUCAGCCCAGAGAUGAAAGCCAAAAUAGAAGAGGAAGCUUAUAACAAAGGGUAUCGAGAAGGCUUAAAGAAAACUAGAGAACUUGAUGAGCUAAUAGAAGAAGAUGAAGAAAAAAUAGUUGAAAGGCCCGAUGAAUGUGAAAAGGAUGAAAAUGAUGAUGAAACUGGCAAACACAGCAAACUUGAAGUUGUUAUCCAUUAUAUACAAAUACUCUGCCCCAAACUGCAAAAACAUUGGAAUGUGCUCUGGAUUGUAGCAGCCAUUAUCAUAAUUUUUGCUGUGGUGCUGGGAAUCUCCAGUUUAUACAAUUACUUCUCCUCCUGUGCUGAGUUAUCAGAUGGACCACAAGUGAAAGCUACCUGUUCUGCUGUUCAGCAGUACUCCUGGUGGAACUCGGGACUGCAGCAUGACGGGCAUACAGAAUAAUUACAGCAUGAAUUGGGGGGAAUCCAUUUACAAUAGCACACAACUUAAAAGUGAGGUACAAAAAGUAAUGUAGGGUUUUGGCACUGUCAUGGUGGUUAAAUGUGAUCAAUAAUCCACUCCUUAAUUUAUUCUGUGCCAUCAGACCUGCAAAUGCAUUGUGAUUUUUAACUAGCCAGAUGCACCAGCCAAUAAAUGCUACCCUCUCUUUUUAUGCUAAUUUGUAAUCUGGUUUGUUAUACCUGACUAUCAACAGAGCCACAUGAGAACAUGAAGAUAGUUUUUAACCAACAAAUGGGGCAUUUACACUUAGAGGUAAAACACAAACUCCAAUGGCUGAUUAAUAAAGCCGUGAUGAAGCUACCUUCAUCACGAAUUAUUUCUGGUAUAUAAAUGUUGGCACUGGGCUGUUAAAUUGUUUAAACCUUUACUGUUACCCUUGCUGUACCUUCAAGAUAUAUUUGAUUUUGAUUUGAUUUUGAAUGAGAAAAACAUAGAACUGGCCAGUACUAAAGUUAUGUCCUGACAAAGGGACAGUUCACACAUUUACUGAAACAGACCACUGAAUGAGUGGUGGAAUAACAUGAAUACUUCCUACCCCCACAUGUGUACAAUGUAACAUGACUGCAGACUGUGUACAAAUCUGGUCAAACAUAUCCCGUAUCUUUUGGAAGGCAAUCUUAAAAAUCAUGUACAUAUCCCAUCAUGUAAGUAUCUCAUCACAUGUACAAAGAGCCUGCUCCUGCAAGACUGGGAAAUGGCCUUGCUAUUCUGCAGCAUGAGGUGUAGUAAUAACCCAAGUACAAUACUUUGAAGCGCCAUGUUGCAUGUAAGAUAUUAGGUAAGGACAGAACUUGAUGUUAUAAGGAGACAUGGAGUUGAAAACUCCACGGCCGUUUCCACACGUCUUACCUGCCUGCGGAACAUC